UGUCAAAAUGCUCAAUGCCAAAUGUGCGACCUACUCGUACUCAAACAAGGUAAAUACACUGUGCCAAAACACAGGAUACUCAACCCGUCUGUUCAUGUUGAAAUGCCAAGCAGUAAUUAAUAAAAACUAUAAUAAUCUACAUUGGGAGGUUUCAUGAGAUAAAAUCACCUCCACGCGUAAUUAUCUUUGAGCUGUUGGUUCCGAAAAACCUGCAGCAUCAUUAUCGCUAUGGAUCGUGUUAGUAGCUCGGGGAGACCAUUAUUAAUCCAUAUAUUAUAUGCAAUAUGAAGCAUUUUCGCCGCAUUUACAUCGCGCUGCCAUAUAUUACCGCAAUCAUUACAAGCUUCGGUGCCGUAUAUCUACAGUCCCUCGACAAUCUUUACUUUAUCCAUAUUCUUACGCAGGCAGCCGUUACAGACAACUGGUGUUCCUUUCAGAACGCGCUAAAUUUUGACAACA